UCUUUCACAGAAUCCCACAGUGACAAUUGCCAGUCUAAACGCUGAACCAGCAGGAGGCAGAAAUGGCAGAAAAACGCGCCGUAAUGUCCAAAGUGGAAACUCUCGUCUGCGUAGGAAUGACCCUGCUGUCCACUUUAAGCUUGCUUAUCACGUACUACGCCGCCAGUCAUGGGGGUGUGGAAAAACUCGCACCAUACGACUUGAACGCUGACCCGUGUGGAGGUGUAGCCGUCGGAGGAGAUCGGGUUUUUCUCUACUACCCUGAAUUAGGGAACAUGGCACUCGCCGUGUGCGUGAGCGAAUGCCCGGGAGUUGAAACAAACAAAACUGUGAAGCUCCCCAAUGGAAAAGGCGGUGUCAGGGAUCACCGCUUCUCUCCUUCUCAGCUGGUUAUUGGCGAAUAUUGCCUGCCAGAGAGGGUCAAUGCAACUGACUUCGUCUCGUCCACACAACUUCAAACGGAUGUUGUCCACGGUGUUUUUCGGGAUAUCGCCAAAAGCACCGAAUUUCUUUUCGCAUUCGCUUUUGUUUGUGUGUUCAGUUGCUUUGGAUGGCUAAAAGUCCUAUAUCUCGCAAGGUCACUUCGUGUAGUUUCCUUUCUUCUGGUUGACUGCUUGCCGUUUGUUUCGUCAGCGAUUUUUAUAGUCUCAGCCUCCUUCACUUUGCAAGCGUCCCCUUUCACGAAAGCGACGGCUGUGUGGGUCGUAGUCACUGGCUUCCUGAUCAAGCUGCCUGUUACGUUCGGUAUGCUGCGAUAUCUUGUCACCAGUUCGUACGAGAGGGGACGUUCGCUGACGUUGGCUGGAAUCCAAGCAUUGUUUGAGAUGCCAGAUUUAGUUACUGCGCUGAUUGCUACAAUGCUGUUUUCUGGCGUUCUUGUGAUCUGGAAUGCGUGGAUGUGCGCUGCAGUCUUGACCAUCGGACGGCCUGUUCCCAAACCACUUACAAGUGACGCCGGGGAAAUCCUUGGCGUCGAGACGGACUUUCUGGCACCCGCGUGGCGGCCAGUUGCUCUCGGUGUUGUUAUACUUUCUCACCUCCUCCAGACCGAGACUAGUUAG